AUGGCUCUGGUUCAAGGUAAUUAUUGUUGAAUUUUUUUAAAUGUUAUUGAACCUUGUUUUUCAGCUCAACACAUGUCUUUGGCCUCUUCUAUGCGUGGCGAUUCUAUUCCACGCAUUUCUAACCUUCAGGUAGAUAUUUAUCAAGUUCUCUUUUUUAAACACAUGUUUCAGGCUCCAAUCAUGUUGUUGAACGGCCAUGAAGGAGAAAUUUACACGGCUCAAUUUAGCAAUGACGGAACAUGCAUGGCAAGUGCUGGAUACGAUAUGCAGGUGAAGCUUUUCCAAGAUAAAGUUUUCCUCGGAAACCUUGUAAAAUAAUAACAAUUUAAAAGUGAUUUUUUGAGCUGGAGAAAACAUCUAUUAGAAUGUUCCAUUUUUUGUUGCUUCAUAACCUUUUAACUAAAGUAUUCAGAUUUUUCUUUGGAACGUCUACGGCGAUUGCGAAAAUUUUUCCGUGUUUAAAGGUCACAGAGGAGCCGUCAUGGAUGUCAAAUUCAACACGGAUUCCAGGUAAUCUUUUACAAAUCCAUCGUCAAAUUGUUCAUAGCAAUAAUUCUGAAAUCUAAAUGUUUUUUCCAAAGUGAGAUCCUACUUCAGCUUGCUCAUUUCCGCUAGCACGGACAAGACAGUUCGAGUUUGGGACAUGGAAACGGGGCAAUGUGCCAGAAAACUGAAGUCGCAUACCGAUAUCGUAAACGCUGUGCACGGAUCUCGGCGAGGGAAUCUGAUGAUCGCGUCUACUGGAGAUGACGGCACAAUCAGGGUGAGCGUUUUGAGGAGGUCAUCAAAGUUUGGAAGAAAAAGAAAUCAGUUUGUUAAGAUUUGAAAAACUCAGUUGAAGUUUUUGAUGGGUUAGCGCUCAAAAAACUGAGACUCCAAACAGUAAAAAAAAAAACAAAAGAAUUUCCUUCAGAAGCUCGGAAAACAUUUCGCGCACUAACAAAAUAUUUCUUUUUCAUUUCAUCUCAGAAAGUAUCGGAAUGCAACUGAUCAAGUCAUUUUAGCAAUAAACUCUAUUCCAGAUUCAUGACAUGCGGAAGAAAGAACCCGUCAAACUCUACGAAAACAGAUUCCAGCAAAUGGCCGUCACUUUUAAUGAUGCCAGCGACCAAGUUAUUGUUGGAGGGAUUGACAAUCAAAUCAAGGUCAUUUUCUUUUUUUGAAAUUUCGUUAGUUGGACAAAAAUUGCAUCGGCGUUUUUUUUUCAAGAAGUGCCAGCUUGUUUCGAAAAGCUCAAAAAGUAAUUCCAAACUUUCUCAGUCUUCAAGAAAUGAAAAAUUUUUUAAGGUUUGGGACCUUCGCCGGGACACUGUCUCCCACACCUUGACAGGCCAUAAAGACACAAUCACGUCGCUUUCUUUGAGUCCCAACGGGAACUUCAUUCUUAGUAACUCUAUGGACUGUUCACGUGAGACAAUUUUUCGCGAAAGAAAGUAAAAAGAAAUUUAGUCCGUCAGUGGGACGUACGGUCGUUUGUGGUUGGAAAUCGCCAAAUCAACGCUUUUUACGGCCAUCAACACAAUUUCGAAAAAGUAAGCAAAGGAUUAUUAAAAAUUUUGAAAUUCAUCUUUACAAUGUCCAAAAAACAAGGUUUCAUGUUGUCUUUCUCAAAAAAGCGCGAAACCGAAAAUGUUUGGAUAAUUUUUCAAGAGUUGUAAUAGAACCCUAAAAGUUCUUUGAAACUCUAUUCGAAAUUGGUUUGCAGAAUCUUCUGAAAUGCUCGUGGUCCGCAGACGGAACGCAUAUUAGCGCAGGCUCCGCAGAUCGUUACGUCUACAUUUGGGAGGUCUCCACGCGCAAAAUUCUCUACAAACUUCCCGGACACCACGGUUCGGUCAAUGCCACCGAUUUCCAUCCAAAAGAACCCAUAAGUGAGUAUUUGUCAUUUUCGUCUUUAUUAUCUUUUGAUUUUCAGUACUUUCGGCGGGCAGCGACAAACGUCUCUUCUUGGGAGAAGUUGUGAUGUCCAGCGUCUUCCAUUAA